AUGAGCCUGUUUUUCUCUGAGUCAGCAUGGCUCUCCUUGGCUGCCACUGCAGUGCUGGGGGGCAUGCUUCUCUGCAGAGCCAAGAGCCCGGGGCAGCGGCGCAGCCAGGUGCUGUGCCUUGCUGCCCUCUGGGGAGGUGCUUGUCUGCUCCACCUGUCCCUCCUCUGCAGCCUGUUCCUCUUGUCGCUGUCCUGCUUCUUCCUGGGUACGUGGUCAACCGAUCAAGAAUUGUUACCUGUGGAUCAAAAGGCCGUGCUGGUGACAGGUGCUGAUUCUGGUUUUGGACAUGCCUUGGCCAAGCACCUGGACAAGCUGGGCUUCAGAGUGUUUGCCGGAGUGCUGGACGCGAAAGGCUCAGGAGCGGAGGAAUUGAGGAAAACCUGCUCUGAGCACCUCUUGGUGCUCCAGAUGGAUGUCACCAAGCUUGAGGAGAUAAAAGAUGUUUACAGCAAAGUCACAGAGAAGACCAAAGACAAAGGGCUGUGGGCUGUGGUCAACAACGCUGGGAUCUUCCAGUAUCCAAUAGACGCGGAGAUCAUCCCCAUGGCCCAGUACAGAAAGUGCAUGGCCGUGAACUUCUUUGGAGCCGUGGAGGUCACCAAGAUGUUCCUGCCUCUCCUCAGGAGAUCCAAGGGGAGGCUGGUGAAUAUGUGCAGCAUGGGAGCUGAGGUUCCGAUGAAAUGGUUGGCCGCUUACUGUUCCACGAAGGCAGCUUUGACCAUGUUUUCAUCAAUCGCCAGGCUGGAGCUUUCCAAGUGGGGAGUCAAAGUUGCUAUCAUCCAACCUGGAGGUUUCCAAACAAACGUUGCAGGCUCACCUGACAUUUGGGAUAAGAUGGAGAAGGAAAUUCUGGAUGACAUUUCACAAGAGACACAGGAUGACUACGGCCAGGACUAUAUCCAUACACAGAGGAGUUUUCUCCAGACCAUGAAAACCAGAUCCAGCCCAGACAUCACCCCUGUGCUUUGGGACAUCCAGCAUGCCAUUUCAGCCAAGAACCCCUCUUCGUUUUAUACCCCAGGGAAACUGACUUACCAAUGGAUCUGCCUUAGCUCCUACUUCCCAACCAGCGUAUUGGACUAUGUUGUGCAGAAAUGUUUCGGUUCAAGAUACAAGCCAAGAGCUCUAAGGACGUCGAGUUAG